AUGCCUGCCUCAAUCAUGUCUAGCGCAAUCACUGAGCCACGUCUGACAUCGGAUGAGCGAUAUCAGCAAUCGCUCAUCUAUGGUCUGAUCAUCAGCACGGGAAUUCUGUCCAUGAUUGUUUGCAGUUUAAGACUUUACACAAGAGCAUUUAUCAUCAAUGUGUUCGGGGUGGAUGAUAUCGCUGUCUGCAUCGCAUUGGUUUUCACGCAAACCUUCAACGGUAUAGGAAUUGCGAUUGUAUAUUACGGAGAAGGAAAACAUUUUACCACUAUCUCUAUUGAAGAUCGAGCAAUGUGGCUCAAGCUUUACUACGUCGCAAUGUGCAUGUACCUCUACACCUCAUUGUCAGUAAAGAUCAGCUUGCUGGUAUUCUUACGACGGAUCUUCAUCAAACCCUGGAUGAAUCGGCUCACUAUGUGCAUGUUUGUCUUUCAAGUCCUGUUCUCGAUCUCCGGUUCUUUUGUUCUAGCCCUUCAAUGUGACCCUCCAAGGGCUGCAUUUGACUUGACUAUCAAAAAUCCAACAUGCUACUCACAGUAUAAACUGUUCCAGAUCACACUAUACCAGGCGGUUCUCAUUUUCAUGCCUACGAGAAAGGUCGUUGCUUUGGUGGCAAUUUUUGGAUCGGGUAUAAUCGCCUGCAUUUCACCCGUUGUCCGCUUCAGCACGUUGGAUUAUUUGCGCAACGGGACCACGGACCUUACCUACGACUCGGCGUCAUCCCUGUACUGGAUGGCCAUUGAGUUCAAUCUGGGCCUUGUCGCGGGCUCCCUUUCUUCGCUGCGACCAUUGCCUCUUUUCCGCAGAUUCGGCUCUAGCACACAGCACUCCCAAGAUAAGGCAUCGACGAGCGAUGAAUCACACGAGCUUGAAAAUGUUAAUGCGAGUGAGCCCAGAAGUCCUUGGAAAAACGGAACGAGUUUUGGAAUGGGGACGUCGAUACUGGAGGAAAGUGUCAACGGCAGCCAAGAGCGCAUUAUCCAUGCGAAGGCAGAUUACGUGAAGCCAGAGGCGAGAGAUUGA